UUUUAUUUUGCUGUGGUGAUGUGACCUCAUAAGGCUGCGCCGCGCUCUCGCACAUGUUGCGAUUCGACCGAAGAAAGGACAAAGUGUCCAAACACAGAAAAACUUCCGCCCGAAGCGACUGAGAUCCACGUGACUCACGAUUAUAAAGAUGGAGUUUAUUAAAGAGGAGAGUGAAGACGUGAAGAUUGAAGAAGGAUUCAAACAUGAAGAUACUGAGGAACAAACAGAGAUGGAGUUUGAGGAGAGCGAAAACAUUAAGAUUAAAGAUGUAUUCAGCAUGAAACAAGAAGAUCCUGAGACACAAACAAAGAUGGCGUUUGUAAAAGAGGAGAGUGAAGACAUGAAAACCGAAGAUUUGUCCACAUAUGAAGAUGGUGAGACACAAACGUUUAUUAGAGAGGAGAGUGAAGACACGAAGAAUAAAAAAGCGUUCAGAGUCAAACAUGAAGAUGCCGAGACACAAACAGACUGCCCACUCUGCGAACGUGUAUAUUCCAGGCUGAGCCAGCACCUGAGGGUGACCCACAGGGUGAUGAACCUUCAGGAAAGGAAGCUGCUCCUUGCCAUCUCCUCCGGGAGGGUGGACGUCCGCAAGGGUACCUGCCCUGUGCCCACCUGUGGCAAGUUCACCUCCCGUAUAGACCGCCACUUGAUUGGUCACACUGAGCUAACGGCGGCAGCCCGGCAAGAGACCAUACAGGCUCUGAAGAUGAGGAAGAUCCUGCAUGACCUUUCCGAGCUGAGGGCGAGCAACCCGGCCGUGCCCAUGGCCUCGACCCUCGACCAGGAGGACUCUCACAACCACACCUUAACUCUGGAGGAGGAGGAGCGGGCCUGUGACAACCCCCGCUGCCAAAACCUCAGGAAUGAGGUGGCAGACCUCAACAGGCAGGUGGACACACUGAGCCAGGCCCUCAGAGACAUGACCCGCCGCUACUGCCUGUUGAGGAGGAGAUUGCGACUCACCCCCUCUGCCCAGGUCAAUGGAAGAGUGUUGUCGCUCUUCUAUCUCCUGAGAAGGCAGCGGAGGAGGAGUAAGGCAAGCCCCGUGCUGGGCCUUCGGGGGAACCGGCUGGCCAGGGCCCCUGAGACCAGCCCCCUGCAACGGCGCCAUCUCAGCAACAAGAGGAGCACCCCUUCCUCGACCAUGUGCCGGCUUUGAACAUCCUCCUCAAGGAGUACCAGGGCAACCAGGAGAGCACCGACCACACUCUGAGGCUGGUCAAUAAUGUGGCCUCAAAGAUGUUACAUUUCCACAACUACAUUGCGUACAUGGCUCAACUAGGCCAAGAUCUUAUUCAAGCUACAAAUGUUAAUCAGCGACUAGAGCAGUCGAGUGAUUUCUCUUUUUCUUUUGUUCUUUGAUUUACUUCAGCGAGUUUCACUUUAAAAGCUGCACUGUCACUUUAAAACCUGAUGCACAUGACGCGGAUCUGACACGCAUCUGAUUUUCUCCAAACUCUUUACGGCCAUUUAAGACUUUAUAACUCCGUUAAGACUGCGUUUAGGAGGUAACCCGCCAAAACUGUGCAUUUUGACAAUUGUGUGUGUUUUUGUCAGUUGAAGUGCUACUGGCAGUCUGUCUGAAGCGUCUCAGCGCAUGUGUACAGCUAAAUGCGCAGCCUUUCACUAUAUUUCAUUUGACAAUAAUUUUCGUCCAGUGUUUGCGCUAUUUCUCGCCAGAAGUUAUUUUAUUGCAUCUUUUUUCUUUUUCGGAUGGCCCAGGCCAGUAUUGCCACCAUGUGGACAACAAUUCAAGGCAUAUAUGCGACCUGUGCAUACUUUACCCUCGGGCCGGAUGAAGAUGAUUGGUGGCCGGAUUUGGCCCGCGGGCCGCCAGUUGAAUAGCCCUGAUAUAAACAAUCAAUUUAGAAGAAUAAAAAGACACAUUUUAACUGUACGUCAGUGCAGGAUGUGAAAAAGUAGGCCAGUGCAAAUGUUCAUGAAGCAUACUUUUGAGGCCCAAUCUCAAAUGGCACACUUCAUAUGCACUUACAGUCUUGUGGACUUACAAUGGCUGCCACGUGUAAUGGUGGUGGCCUAUCAAAUAAUAAAAAAUAAAAAAAAUUACAUUUGUUUUUUCUUUGUUUUUGUUCGGUUGCCAGACAGGGUUUUAAUCCUGUCAAUACGUAAACACCGGAUAACUUAUUUAAAACCAUCAAUUACAUAUGAAAGGUAGAAAAAAGCAAAUUAAACCUGAAAACAUUUCUCAGAACCAACUUCAUUUACAAAUUUAUUAUAAACAGUCAGCAAAAUCACAUAACAAACAGCAAACAUAAUCGGCUACCAACAAAACGAGUUCAGAGUUUUACAUUUAACUUAGACACCACCAUAAGCAAGACAAAAGGGAAAAAAAUAAUAAACAAAUGAAAGAAGAGAAGAAAAACACUAAAAUUCAGAAACCCCGAUGUGAAUAAGGUUGCUGCAAUGCUGUUUUCCCCAAUGUCUAUUUCACUUCUUUUUCAUGAAUGUUGAUAUUUGUAUGUUUAAGAGCGACUGAGGCAGGAGCUGUGUGUGAUCAAUGGAGAGGGGGCGGGGUGCAGUAGCUCAUUUGCAUUUAAAGGCACAUGCAACAAAACAGCGUUUUCAUCUGUGCUCAGAAAUGGGCAUAUUCAACAGGGAUUUAUAAAAGAUCUGUGAGGUAUUUUAAGCUGAAACUUCACAGACACAUGCUGGGGACACCUGAGACUUAAAUUACAUCUUGUAAAAAGGGGCAUAAUAGGGGCAAAUUUGCCUUGAUCUUUUGGCAUAUAAGAGGUCUUUGCAACAAUACAUCCUGCAAGUUACAAAACUUAAAAUGUCCCUGUCAUCAAUAAAAAAGCAUUUAUAGGCUCGUUUGAUUCCGAGAUGGCAUUUUUAAAUUGAUAUACUUGCUAUGAUACAGAAUAUCCACGGAAGUUUUAUAGUGUCUGAUUUCACAGGUUUUUUUCUGAAUAUAUAAAUGAUGAUACAAUGGAUAAUAUUUGCUAUGGCUCUUGUUUUAAAUGAUUUUUGAACUCUUGGCGAUUUUUAAAAAGCACCCUAGCGCUCAGUGCUCGGCACUCUCCUGCCAUUUUUUUUAAAAACGUGGCGCUCCCAUUGAAAACAACCGAAAAAAAUACGCUAGCCUCAGGUAAAAAAAAAAUGCUUUGGUGGACACACGGCAUUAGCAUGCCUUAUGUCAGCCAUUCGCUGUAAUCCUGAAAGAAAGCUUUAUGAGUGAUCUUCAGUUUUGUCACCAGUAAAGGGCCUGCCCACUGAGCAAAGGUACAUCUAAAAGAUGUCUUUUCGACAACAUCUUUGUUGGACAUGGCAAAGAUUCCCCCUGAGGAGCGAGAAUUAAUGUUUUUACGAAGUCUUUUUUUGACAUCUUCUGCACGU